CAGAAAAAGGAAGGCUCGACCCAGUAGGGCCCAUCACAAUCCCGAACCACACCCCACUCCGAGCCUCUCUGCCCCCACGUGGCACUCAUCCGUUGCCUCGUACUCUGCUUCGGACUUCUCCAACUUGCACUACGUUUCUGCUCCAUCAUCUUCUCCUCCUCUUCCUCCCCUUCAAACUUCUCACUCUCUCUCUCUCUAUUUCUCUCUCUAGACUUUGGAAAGAAAGUGAUCCUCGCCUGAUUAUUCAGAGUUACUAUUAAAGUGAUAAGAACAAGGAGAAGAAAUUACGGCUCUGUAUCAAUUUUCCACUUGGACACAGUGUGGUAAACUGGAUACAGCUAAGAUUUGAUGUGAAUCCACCACAAGAGUGUUUCAGAUGGGCGCUGUUUGUUCUAGGAAACGUGACCAGCCGGCUGAGGAUCAAAGCACACAUAGAGCAGUGUCGGGACGUUAUUCCAAAAGCAGUAGUUCAAAAUGGCUCGGCAGUUCGUUUUCACGUUCAUCUUUUGAUCUAAAAGAUGGAAAGAGAAAAUGCCAAACACUCAUCGAAUUGUGUAUCUCCAGAAUUUGCAAAGACAUUGGCAAAUAUAGCACCUUCUCUAUGCUUCCAAGGGAUUUAAGUCAACAAAUCUUCGAUGAGCUGGUUUGUUCACAACGCCUAAAUGGAAUUGUUCUUGAAGCAUUUCGAGAUUGUGCUCUUCAGGAUGUUAUUUUGGGAGAAUAUCCUGGCCUUAAUGAUAAUUGGAUGGACGCCAUAUAUUCACAGGGUUCAUCCCUUCUAUCUGUGGAUCUUUCAGCUUCUGGUGUCACAGAUGCUGGAGUGGCAAAGAUAAAAGACUGCAAAAACCUUCAAGAACUGAACAUUAACUAUUGUGACCAUAUUACAGACCGUGGACUGGAGCAUAUUAGCUGCCUUUCAAACUUGACAAGUCUGAGUUUGAGAAGAAACAGCAUGAUUACAGCUCAAGGAAUGGGUGCUUUGUCUGGCUUAAUCAAUUUGGUGAAAUUGGAUUUGGAGAGAUGCCCUAAGAUCCAUGGGGGGUUUGUUCACCUUAUAGGAUUGACCAAACUUGAGUCUCUCAAUGUCAAUUGUUGCAAUUGCAUCACAGAUGCUGAUAUGAAGCCUCUUUCUGGUCUAAAAAACUUGAAGGUUUUGCAAAUUUCAUCGAGCAAGGUAACGGAUUAUGGGGUUACCUUUCUUCAAGCCCUGCACAAACUCACUUUGUUGAACAUGGAAGGUUGUCGUGUAACUGCUGCAUGCUUGGAAUCUCUUUCAGCACUCGGUGCCCUCUUAUAUCUCAAUCUUAGCAGAUGUCACUUGACUGAUGAUGGGUGCGACAAGUUUUGUAGACUAAAGAGUUUAAAAGUGUUGAAUAUGGGAUUCAAUGCGAUAUCAGAUGCCAUUUUCAUUCACCUCAAAGGUUUAACGAAUUUGGAGAGCUUAAACUUGGAUUCAUGUGCUAUUGGAGAUGAAGGGCUGGUCCACUUGGCUGGACUUCAAUGUUUGAAGUGCUUAGAGUUGUCUGAUACUGAUGUUGGAAACAAUGGACUUCAACAUCUCUCAGGGUUAAACCAUUUGGAGAGUUUGAACCUGUCGUUCACCGUGAUAACGGAUGGUGGGUUGAGAAAACUAAAGGGUCUUUCCUCACUUAGGUCACUUAACUUGGAUGCCCGUCAGAUUACCGAUGCUGGCCUUGCUGCUCUUACAAGUUUAACUGGUUUGACCCAUUUAGAUCUGUUCGGAGCUCGUAUUACUGAUUCCGGGACAAACUAUUUAAAGUAUUUCAAGAACCUGAGGUCUCUUGAAGUUUGUGGCGGGGGGUUGACGGAUGCAGGGGUGAAAAAUAUAAAAGAGCUGACGGCGCUCAAUCUUCUGAAUCUCUCACAGAACAUUCGCCUCACCGACAAAAGCCUGGAAGCCAUUUCAGGAUUGACAUCGUUGGUGUCUCUCAACGUGUCGAAUUCCCGGGUAACGAGUGGCGGGUUACGGCAUCUGAAGACGCUCAAGAGGCUGAAGUCGCUGACAUUGGAGUCAUGCAAAGUGACCGCUAACGACAUCAAGAAGCUCCAGUCCACCGACCUCCCGGGCCUCGUGAAUUUCAGGCCCGAAUGAAUGUGAAAUGAUUCUGCUGCUGCACAUAAGUGUUUUUGUACAUAGACACGCUAAUAAAACUCGGCAUUUGUUGAAUUGUAAUUGUAAAUACGUCGUCGUCUUCGUCCGAUGGCAUCUGUAUAUAUACAAGGGCUGUAUAUAUAUAAGUAGUGAUUUCUCUGUUUGAAUGUUGAAACUAAAGUUGUUUUAAGUUAUAAAAUGAUGCAAAACAAGUAUAAAUGGCUUGAAACUAAAAUUGUUUUAAGUUA